CAAAAUAUCUUUCUAGAAUAACAAUUUCAUGUUUAUUUGGUGUAAACUGUUUGUCAUUUGCUUUGUUUCUAUUUUUCAAUUUUUAUAUGAUUUUUAAUUCAGGCGAAAAAAGCGUUAUUAAUGAACAUGGAUCAUCCGAACAAAAAAAAGUAACGUUGGAAGAUUCCGUCGCCACAAUCGUUCAUAUUAUCUUGGAUCUGGCACGGAGAAAAAGAGAAGAAGAAAAAGCUUUAGAAAAACUGAACGUAGAUGAACAAACAUUGGCAGUAAGUCAGAAAGUGGGAAAAUUGUAUAAAGGUUUUAAUAACAAAAUGGAUCUACGUGAUAGAAGUAAAUAUUUCGCAUGGAAGUACGAUAGAACUCCGGAAGAAAUUUUUAAAUCUUUAGUGAAUGCAAAAAUGCCAAUGACAUCUAAUAUAAAUGCUGAUUUUCCGGAUGAAACGGAAUCGUCAUCUUCUGAUUCCGAUGAUGAAGAGAAUGAUUUUUGGUUUGUGGAAACUACUCGUUGCGAGAACAGACCUCUGAAGAAGGAGUGUGAAUUUUUAGAAAAGCAUUCAUCGGUAAAAGAAAUAAUUUCUGAAGAAAACGUAGACGAUGACCGAAUGUUCAAAUCGUCAUCGAAAAUAAUCGAAGAAGAAAAAGUAUUGGAUGAAACUAAUAAUAAAGAUCAAAGCGAUGAUAAAAUUGAAAAAAAGCAAAAGCUAAGAGAUCUAGUAGAAACAGAGGAAAGGAAAAGUAUUAAUGUAAGAUAUUCGUGGGAAGAUAAAUCUACAAAAGAAGAUGAAAAUGAUAGAGAAACAACGAAAUGUUCUGAUGCUUUUACAUAUUUAUUUUGUAAAAUUCCAUCCUUUAUCUUUUCGUGUUGCAGAAGAAGAAAGAAACAUGCCAAUGGUGAAAAAGAGUACAAAUGAAUUGCAAAAAUUUUCUUCUCUUCUACAUAGAAAUUUUGUUGUGAAUUCGUUUUCAUUUAUUGUUUUACUAUUGUUCCUCUUGUACAUUUGGAACUUAAAAUGUUUAAG